AUGGUCGCUUUCUCGACGCUUUCGGGCCUCGGUGCCCUUUCCUUCCUGCUUCCUCUGGUCCAGCGGGCCAGCGGGCUCUCCUUGGAGGUCUCCAAGGAUGGAGGCAACUCCUCCAGCUCGCUGCUCUAUGGCUUUAUGUUUGAGGACAUCAACCAUUCCGGCGACGGCGGUAUCUAUGGCCAAAUGCUGCGCAACAACGGUCUGCAGGGCUCCUCGCCAGAUCUUACCGCGUGGCGCUCUGUUGGAGAUGCCUCGAUCGCUGUGGACUCGGAUAACCCACUCACCACGGCCAUCCCGCACACCCUGCGUCUGGAUGUGAACAAGGACGCCAGCGGCCAGGUCGGUUUCUCCAAUGAAGGUUACUGGGGCAUUCCGGUGGACGGGUCCGAGUUCCAGAGCGCUUUCUGGAUCAAGGGCAAGUUCUCCGGCGACAUCACUGUUCGUCUCGUUGGAAACUACACUGGCACGGAAUACGCGUCGAAGACCUUCGCCCAGGAGUCCAAGGCGGAUGAGUUCACGAAGGCCACCGUCAAGUUCCCUACGGAGAAGGCGCCAGAUGGUGCGGUUGUCUACGAGAUCACGGUCGACGGUAGCGAUCUGCAGGGGUCCUCGUUGUAUUUCGGGUUCGUGGAGCUGUUCCCAGAGACCUACAAGUCGCGGGCCAAUGGACUGCGACCUCAACUUGCUAAAAACUUGGAGGCUGUCAAGGGUUCUUUCCUACGUUUCCCGGGUGGUAACAACCUGGAGGGCAACGAUGAAGGAACCCGCUGGAAGUGGAAUGAAACCAUCGGUCCCGUCGAGGAACGUCCCGGUCGGCCUGGAACGUGGGAGUACUACAACACCGACGGACUUGGCCUCGACGAGUACCUGUACUGGUGCGAGGAUAUGGGUCUGGCCCCCAUCCUGGAUGUUUAUGCCGGUUUCUCUCUCGGGUCUGGUGGUAACACCCCGUUCACCGGCGACGCCUUGAAGCCGUACAUUGACGAAGUUCUGAACGAGCUCGAAUACGUUCUUGGUGACUCCAGCACCACGUAUGGCGGUCAACGCGCUGCCAACGGACGUAAAGAGCCCUGGGACGUGACCAUCGUGGAAAUCGGCAACGAAGAUAACCUUGGCGGCGGCUGCGAAUCCUACGCCGAGCGCUUCACUGCCUACUACGACGCCAUUCACGAAGCGUACCCCGACCUGACUCUCAUCGCUAGCACCGAUAACUCCUCCUGCCUGCCCGAGAAACUCCCCGAGGGCGUCUGGCUGGACUGGCACAACUACAACACGCCCGAGGGCCUCGUUUCCCAGUUCAACAAGUUCGACAACAAUGACCGUUCUGUGCCCUACUUUAUCGGCGAAUACUCUCGCCAGGAGGGCGACUGGCCUGACAUGGAGGGUGCCGUGUCCGAAGCUGUCUUCAUGAUCGGAUUGGAGAGGAACAGCGACGUGGUUAAGAUGGCUGCCUACGCUCCUCUUCUGCAGCUGGUCAACUCGACUCAGUGGACUCCCAACCUCGUCGCCUUCACACAAUCCCCUGAAAUGGUCCACGAAACAACCAGCUACUACGUCCAGCAGAUGUUCUCCGCCAACCGCGGCGACACCAUCAAGGAAGUCAAAUCCGACUCGGCCUUCGGACCCGUCUACUGGGUCGCCUCGAGCGCCGACGACACGUACUAUGUGAAGCUGGCCAAUUUCGGCAAGGACACCCAGGACGUCAGCGUGUCGAUCGACGGAUUGUCGACGGGCAAAUUGACCGUCGUGGCGGAUGACGAUCCGGAGGCUUAUAACUCGGACGCGCAGACUCUGGUCACACCGUCGGAGAAGGACGUGCAGGCGGAGAGCGGGAAGUUCUCGUUUACUUUGCCUGCUUGGUCGGUUGCUGUUUUGGCUGCUAAUUAGCAAGGGUGUCAAUGUAUAUAAUGUUGGUG